GGUCCCAGCGGCGGCAGCAGCAGCAGCAGCGGCGGGAGGAGCCUCUGGGAAAUGGAUGCAAGGAGGCUGCUGGAUCCAGGGUUGAAGGUUCAGGAAGGCCUCUGGGAUCUCCCUCUGAAGAACCAGCAGACGGAAUGCCCAAGUGAUUGAAGACAAUGGGCGCUAAUGCGUCUAACUAUCCUCACUCCUGUUCCCCGAGGGUAGGGGGAGCUUCACAGGCCCAACAGACUUUUAUAGGGACAUCAUCCUACUCCCAGCAAGGCUUUGGUUGUGAAUCAAAAUUGUAUAGCCUUGACCAUGGCCACGAGAAACCACAAGACAAAAAAAAGAGAACCUCUGGCCUUGCCACCCUCAAAAAGAAGUUUAUUAAGCGUCGGAAAUCUAAUAGGUCUGCCGAUCACGCCAAGCAGAUGCGAGAACUCCUCUCUGGGUGGGACGUUAGAGACGUCAACGCUUUGGUGGAGGAAUAUGAGGGAACUUCAGCCUUAAAGGAGCUUUCUCUACAAGCCAGCUUGGCUAGACCAGAGGCCCGGACGUUACAGAGAGAUAUGGCUGAUCUUUAUGAGUACAAGUAUUGUACUGAUGUAGACUUAAUAUUUCAAGAAACUUGUUUUCCUGUUCAUCGUGCCAUUUUGGCAGCAAGAUGUCCAUUUUUUAAAACACUGCUUUCUUCCUCGCCAGAGUAUGGGGCAGAGAUUAUAAUGGACAUCGCUACGGCUGGUAUUGACAUGCCCAUGUUUUCUGCACUCUUACACUACCUUUAUACUGGAGAGUUUGGAAUGGAAGACUCAAGGUUUCAGAACGUUGAUAUCCUUGUGCAGCUUAGUGAGGAAUUUGGAACCCCCAAUUCCCUCGAUGUAGAUAUGCGAGGACUCUUCGAUUCCAUGUGUUACUAUGAUGUUGUUCUUAGUUUUUCUUCAGACUCUGAACUGGUUGAAGCUUUUGGUGGAAAUCAGAACUGUUUAGAUGAAGAGCUCAAAGCCCACAAGGCUGUUAUUUCUGCAAGAUCCCCAUUUUUCCGAAAUUUAUUACAAAGGAGAAUACGGACUGGUGAGGAAAUCACGGACCGCACUUUGAGGACUCCCACGAGAAUUAUACUAGAUGAGUCCAUUAUACCAAAAAAAUAUGCAAAAGUAAUAUUACACUGCAUGUACACUGAUGUGGUGGACCUCUCCGUGCUGCACUGUAGCCCCUCUGUGGGGAGUCUCGGAGAAGUUCAGGCCCUGGUCGCAGGGAAGCCCAACAUGGCCAGGGCGGAAGAAGCCAUGGAGCUUUACCACAUAGCACUGUUCCUGGAGUUCAACAUGCUUGCACAAGGCUGUGAGGAUAUCAUUGCUGAGAGCAUCUCAUUAGAUACCUUAAUUGCCAUCCUCAAGUGGAGUUCUCAUCCAUAUGGCUCUAAGUGGGUCCACCGACAAGCUUUACAUUUCCUCUGUGAGGAAUUUUCCCAGGUCAUGACUUCGGAUGUUUUUUAUGAAAUCAGCAAAGACCAUCUGCUUACUGCAAUCCAGUCUGACUACCUACAGGCAAGUGAACAAGACAUCCUUAAGUAUCUGGUGAAGUGGGGAGAGCAUCAGUUGAUGAGAAGAAUAGCGGACAGAGAGCCAAAUCUACUGAGUGGCACUGCCCAUAGUGUGAACAAAAGAGGUGUGAAGAGGCGAGACCUGGACAUUGAGGAGCUGCGAGAGAUCCUGUCUGCUCUCUUACCUUUUGUGCGGAUUGAGCAUAUCUUACCUAUAAACAGUGAAGUCUUAAGUGAUGCAAUGAAAAGAGGCUUGAUUAGUACUCCUCCCUCGGAUAUGCUUCCUACAACUGAAGGUGGAAAAUCAAAUGCCUGGUUACGGCAAAAAAAUGCUGGCAUCUAUGUCCGUCCCCGGCUGUUCUCGCCCUACGUGGAAGAGGCAAAGUCGGUGCUGGACGAGAUGAUGGUGGAGCAGACAGAUCUGGUGCGUCUGCGGAUGGUUAGAAUGUCCAACGUGCCGGACACGCUGUACAUGGUCAGUAACGCUGUGCCGCAGUGCUGUCACGUGGUCAGCCACCAGCAGGUCAGCAGCAGCCAAGCCAGUCCCCCGUCAGUGGUGGCCAACGACAUUCCAGUUCCUCGUCUGCUCAUUAUGAAAGACAUGGUCAGACGACUGCAGGAACUGCGGCACACCGAGCAGGUGCAGAGGGCCUAUGCGCUCAACUGUGGGGAAGGCGCCACCGUCAGCUACGAGAUUCAGAUCCGAGUACUGAGGGAGUUUGGUCUCGCAGAUGCUGCCGCAGAGCUCUUGCAGAAUCCUCACAAGUUCUUCCCUGAUGAACGCUUUGGCGAUGGAAGCCCGCUGCUAACAAUGAGACAGCCUGGGAGAUGCCGCGUGAACAGCACCCCUGCUGCAGAGACCACGUUUACAGAGCUGGACUCCUUUGUGGCCUUCCAUCCCCCCUUGCCGCCUCCCCCGCCUCCGUACCACCCUCCAGCCACCCCAAUCCAUAAUCAACUCAAAGCAGGCUGGAAGCAGAGACCUCCCAGCCAGCAGCCUUCCCGCUCUUUCUCUUACCCGUGCAAUCAGUCGCUGUUUCACUCCAGAACAGCUCCUAAAGCUGGCCCACCCCCAGUCUACUUGCCCAGCGUGAAAGCAGCGCCACCUGACUGCACCAACAUCACAGGGCUGGGGAGACAGACCAUUGCCGCUGCCGCCACUGCUGCUGCCAUCACUGCAGGAACAUCUGAGAAGCAAGUGGGCCCACAGCCUGUGCUAAACGAUCUGGUGCCGGACAUCGCCAUGGGUGUGUCCACGAUGUCCCUGAAGGACAGGAGGCUUCCAGAGCUGGCGGUGGACACAGAGUUAAGCCAGUCAGUAUCUGAAGCGGGGCCUGGGCCUCCCCAGCAUCUUUCAUGUAUUCCGCAGAGGCAUACACACACUUCUCGAAAGAAACACAUGCUAGAGCAAAAAACAGAGCUUCGAGAAAAUCAGCAGGAAUAUCCGGAUUUCUAUGACUUCUCCAGUGCUGCUUGCAGACCUUCAACUCCUGCUCCUAGCAGACGCACCCCUUCCCCUUCGCAAGGUGGAUAUUUUGGUCCUGAUUUGUACAGCCACAAUAAGGCAUCACCAAGUGGCUUAAAGUCAGCCUGCGUCCCCAGCCAGACCUCUCCUGAAAAGCAGGAGGAAGCUAGGAGAGCGUAUCCACUUUCCCCGGACGGGCACCCGCACAGGCAGAAGAAUGAGCCAAUCCGCCUGGACGUCGUGGAGCAGCCUCCCCCGCGAGCUGACUUUGCUUUGGCGGCCCCGGAAAGCGCUGGUAGCGGUCCAGCCCACGUCAGGGGACGGACCGCAGCAGAAGCUGACUGGACCUUCGGGCUCACGCCCAACAGGCCUUCUUCACAUUCGGCAUGCAGCUCCGAAGCUCCGGAAGAGAGAUCCAGUCGGAGACUGGCAGGCAGUGAGUCCCUGGGUCCUGGAGCACAGAGAGGUGCCGAUGUGGAAAGGGAAGAUUCGGUCAGCAGAGGAAGGAGGUCACCCAGCAAGCCCGACUUCCUCUACAGGAAAUCUGCCCUCUGAUGUCCGUGCCUGAGAUGGGAAGCACCCACUCUGUGCUGUGGCCCAGCAGCGUGCAGCCCCAUCUGUGGGUGCCAGCUGAGGACGAGUGUCCCAUCCUUUGAUUCUGUUUCCGUGUGUGUGUAUGCAUUAGACAUGGUGUGCUGAGAGGGUUGUGUUGAAUGCUGCGUCUGUCUGUUUUUUGUUUGAGCGAUUGUGUGGGGAAGCGUUUUUAGGAACAAGCAAGCAAGCUGGCACUUUUUUUUUCUUCUUUUCAAAAUGAUGGAAUUUUUUUGCACUUGUACAUUUUAUGUGUAUUGAUUUUAUAUCAGUAUGUUAAAAUUUAUUGCCACAUUUAAAGGACUGUAUUUUCAUACUUUUUUGCAUUUUAUCUUUCAUCUACCAAUUUCCAUGUGCAUUGGGUUGCACACUGAGAUGUAUUUUCUUAUGAAAUAGUUCUGUGUUUAUUUUUUAAUUAUAGAAAUUCCAAAGAACAGCACAUCACAAUGUUCUCUUCUCAGCAGUCGUUUUCGUUCCGAGCGCUCCCUGCUCAGUCUUGGUCAAUCUAAAGUCAUUUUUCUCUUAACACGUCUUGGAAGCUGGUCUUCAUUCCUCCACCAGGGGUCCAGUCAGGGCCCUGGAGGGUUCUGGUUCUUAAAGACAAAGGCCCAGAUGAAAGCUGUUGCUUCAGCCACAGCGUGGACGCCGUGGGAAUCUGCAGAUCCUGGUGGUGUGUGUGGGUCAGCGCGUCUGUCGGCGAGGCUCUGCGGGUCCCUGGCAGUGGGGCACUGCCGACGCCACAGCUGCCCUGGGUGGAUCUGGCCUUGAGGCCGGACUCCAGCUGCAGCAGGAGAGGCUGCCUGCUGCCUUCACUUGUGUUGCUCUCUGUGGCAACACAACAAUGCAAAGGGCUUCAGUCUUACGGAUGUCAUUCGGUGUUUGUAAGCAUGUGUCCUGUUUUAUAUGUUUUCCAAAGUGUGUCUGAAUUUUGGUGUCCUAUAAAAAGUUGUAUGAUGCUCUGUCACCAAAAAAAACCAAGUUGACAAACAUUUGUUUUCAGUUAAACACGACACGUCCUACUUGAACUCCAGUGGGGAUGCUGCUUGCCGUUUACUGAACCACUGAGCACACGUAGGGUCUCCCGAGACCCUCUCCCUCGGAAGGGCGAUGUGUACGCUGAGGACUGUUUUUCCUAACACUCCAAUGUAAAUAUGAUGGUAUUUGAGUUUUUAAGUCACUUCCACAUUAUUUGAGCAUUUACUUUGUAGUUUUCCAGACACAUCCACACACAGCUGUAGCACUUAGCAAGAAAGAGCCUUCCAGAUGCUGGGGCGCCUCUUUCCUCUGUAUGUGUGUGUGUGUAUAUAUAUAUAUAUAUAUAUAAACUCAGACUCACACUCACUCUAAAACUAUGCAGGGCGAGGGAGCCUUUACAAGCUACAAUACAAAUUAAUUCUGUGCACUUGAAGGAAAUAAUUUCUAUUGGGUGUCACCAACUCUUAAUUUCUCCUGAAACUGUAGCUUCUCUUCCGGUUUUUCCCACUUUACCCUGUGGAUACACACUCAGGAAUAAUCUGGCAUUUUAGAAAAGUCUGACAAUAGAGGGUCUCAAGGCUGAGAACUUGUUGGCCUGCCUGCCGCCACGUGCUCCGCCGCCUGCCUCGCCAGCUGCUGCCCGUGCACCUGUGGGCAUUGGUCAGCUCACAUCCCAAGCUGCCACGAGGUGGGCUGUGCCGUCGCCUGUCGAGCUCCUCUUAGGAAAGAUAGACAAACGUAGGACUCUGUUCUCGGGCAGGAGAGGUUUAACUUGGGUAGAUGACCAUGCCUCUGCCAGCCUUCUGAAACACAAGUUGAUUCCGUUGUGUUGCUUUGUGUGUAUCUGUGCUUGUGUUGACAUGAAUUGUUACGAUGGUUUUUGCCUGUUCUUCUGACUCAGAUUGUCCUGUACUGGUUGUGUACAAGAGGAGCAGGUGGAAUUUGGGCCAUAACCCUUCUCUCCUGUGCCCUGCUCCGGUUUUGUUUUGGUUUUAUUUCCACACGUUACACAAGAUCUGUUGAGUAUCACACAUUCGCUUUUACGAAAAUUCCUUAAAUAUUCCUUCACGUCCCCCAAAUUUAUGAAUUUUGGCAACUGUUUAUAAUAUUACUUAGUUUGUGAAGUUCCCAUUUAAUAAGUUGCUUACCUGACUAGCCUGUGUAUAGAGGGGAAAUUCACCCUGGUCUGUGGGGUUGUGAAGCAGUGUGACUUGCUGAAGGUGAACAGGUGUGGGUGCUGUGUGGGUUAGGGUAGGCCUUAGUGGGCUUGCACCGCGUUUGUGAAGUAUCGUGAAUAGGGUAAGAUGACUGUAGCUCUGUGCCUCUGGCUUGGGGACCCAUUUAUUGCAUCUUUUUAAAAUGCUGUGCUGAGACAAAUACGAAGUCUGAGUAAGGUUGCUCUCAGAAGAAAAUCUAGACUUGUGUAUACAACACCACUUAGGCCCCAGGAACUGGCCUUUUACUUGGUAUAGAAAUAUAAUAAAAACAAAUCACAAAAAUCAACCAGAUCUCCUUUUGAGGCUGUGGACAAUCAGGCCACUGGGACAGCCGCCUCCUCUGGCCAGUGCCCGCCCCUGUGCUGGUGACGACAGCCAUUGUCUCCACAUCAGCACGCAAAGAAAACAGCCGUGCUGCUUAAAGAUGCUGAUGGCAAUUGCUUGUUUUCUUGUUUCAGUUGUGUGAUUUUGAUGAGUAAAUUUAAGUUCAAAGUCACCUGUGGCUCCUAAGGAGGAAAAAGAUAGCAGCAGGAAGAGCGCCUCCCCAGAGGGCGCAGCAGAGGGCGCUGCUGAGCUUCCCCGCGCUGCAUCCUCUCUCCCUUGUUGCUUUCGUCCAGGCACACGUGCCUAGACCCGAGCGAGUCUAACCUUUCGGUGGCUUCUCGGGCUUUUGGGGCUUUUAGUCAAGUUUUAAAGUAUUCAACUGUCUUUGUAGAAAACACAUUGAAACUUCAUCCAUUUCUUGUUUUUGCUUCUGGCUGCACUUGGGUUUCUUUCAGCCCUGCUGCUCAGGUUCUAGCAGUGGGCCCGGGACAGGCCGCCUCGCCCUUCCUCCUUCCCCACAGCGAGCUGUGCAGGGGACUCAGAACCCGCCUCCAGGCCAGGGUCCUGGGUCACUGCUCAAAACCACACACGUUUCCUUCCUGGCCAUUAGCUGCUGGUAAGAUGCUGUCUUAGCGGCUGUUCUUUUGGGACUGGGUUCGGAGGGCAGCCCCUGCUGCCCCUGGGUCAAGGGGUCAGCUGACUUUGGUGUCUGCAGCAGCGCUGGGUGCUACUCCCGGGCCUGCGGCCAUUCACUCUGUCCACUCGGUGAUUGACUUUCAAACCUCAUUAGAGAUAAUCUUACUGACAGUCACCAGGCACACCGCUCACGGGAAUUUUACUGUUCCUCUUCUUCAUGAGCCCUGUUGUAUGAACAGUGUUUUAUGAAAUAAGUUGUCUUUGUCCUAGCACUUGCAAUAACUCUUAGUGUUGUUACCACCUGGGCAAGUCUUGGAUAUACUUUUGGCCUCUAGAAAAAAGUCUCGGACAACAUGUGGCCCUUCCAUCUUCUGAACAUGAUAACGCUGUGGUUGUUUCUGUAGAAAGAUUACUUGCAAGUGUCCGUCUCUUGAAAAUACCCUUGUGUUUGUGUGUUUAUGUGGGUUCUGAGACCAUAUAAGCUCUGGAAGUUUCGUGCACACCUGCAGGCAGCCAUGCAUCUGGGUUACCUGGGCGGGUCGUACGGAGCCCUUCUGGCCGUCGGUGGCUCACGGGUGCAGGUUCCUGCUGUGUGCGUGCCACUUGCAUCCUGAACAGAGGGGGUCUUCUGCCACGCGGCGUUUCUUGUGGUUGUGCUGUUACUGGUAUAAGUCAAGUGCCUUCGAUGCUAAAGGCUCAGAAUUUUUUCUUAAACUGAUUUCAUGUCCUAUGCAAGUGUUUUCUACAACCUGCAUAACCAGUACUUUGUAAAACUUGUUUACGCUUCAAUUGUACAUAAUGUUUUUUAAAGAAAUAUAUAGUAUUUUUAUUUAGGUACCUCCAAACUUGAAUUGGUCUGUGUGAAGCAUUGUAAAAUGAUACAUUUCUCUUUUGAGUACCGUUACAGUUGUGCAGAGGUUUUCACUGGUUCUAUUUUUCUACUGUUACUGAGACGCAUGUAACACUAACUUUAUCCUAAUAGAGUUGGCAUUUCCAAUAAAUGGCUUGUAUAGAA